GUCUUGCUUGGACAUCGAGCGAAGAACCAUAAACAGAAGAAGUCUCCUAUAAAAUCGGCCGGCAAGAGUUCAUCAACUUCAGUACAGUUCUUUUCACCAUGCUACGAAAAUGUACAGUUUUGGCUCUAGUGAUUGUUAGCGUACUUGGCAAAAACAUUCCAGUGGAAGUCAGGUAUGAGCGGCUGGAGCAUGAUUUUGCUGGAAAUUUGGGAGAAAAGGUCCAACUGAGCGGCGAGCAGCUGAGCGAGAAUAAGCUGCGCUUGGAGAAAUUGAGUGUGGCUGAGGAGGAUCUGAGCUCGAACGUCGACCACUCAAACUCAAUAAAAAAUCUGGAUGAAAAAGUGCAACUGUCCCCGGAAGAACUCCUGCAGGCCUCCAAGCACAUCCCGAUCCACCACUCCAUACAAGACGAUGAGGACAGUAACGACUUACUCCGACUUGGCGAGCUCCGAAACGGUCCUUUCCGGGCAAACAGCCUGAGCGAGCCUCCAAGCAAACACCUUCUAGUCGCCCGCAUGCAAACCAUCAUCGAAAGCGGUUUGCACAACUUGAGAAGCAACUUCAUGCCACGCGACUUUGAGGUCGGACCUUCGAAGGAGUUGUGGAACAAAUUCGAAACGGACGUGAAGAAGUACUUGGAGGAGCAAAAGGGCAGGCUGGACACGCGGCAGGAGCAGAACUUCAUCCAGAGCAUCAGCAGCGGGUUCCAGGAAGCGGCCAACAAUUUCCUCCAACAGUUCCAGAACCAGAAUAAACCCAAUGGUACCAGUGGGGAUGAGGGAAUCGCCCAGCAACCCAACCCAAUUCAGGGCUUUAUUGGCUACUUUACUAACGGUGUCCAGAGUAUUGUAGGUACCUUGCAAAACGUCCCUCAAUCAUCUUCGCAAAAACCUGGAAACGUCACAGAACUGGGUGAUAAUGGUGGAACCCAAUCCGGGAUUAUCGGCUCUUUUGUCAAUGGCGUGCAGCAGAUCUUCCAGGUUCCUCAGCAGGGAAUUGCUCAAUUAACCGGUGGAAACACCACUCAGGCUGACACUGGAAAUCCUUCGGGUGGACAGCAGGGAUUCUUUGCAGGAGCGAUCAGCCAGAUCAACAAUGUGGUGGACAAUUUCCGGCCGACUUCGUCCCAAAAACCGCCAGCAGCGCAAGGGGAUGAAGAAACCUCCCAAGGACCGAACCCCAUCCAGCAGGUGUUCCAAUCGUUUGGAAAUCUUGGAACGGCGUUCAGUCAGUUCGUCCAAGGAGGACCAAGCAAACCUUCAGGUUCAGAAGACGAAACAACUAGUCAAGCUUCAAACCCCAAUUUCAUCCAGAGCUUAGGACAGAAUAUCGGCAGCGCCUUCCAGAAUAUCCAGAAUCAGUUCAGGCCGCCAUCCAAUCAGAGUGCUGCCAGCACCGGCAGUAACCCGAUUAUUGAGCAGGUGCAGAGCUUUGGAAACCAGGUGCAGCAGGCUGCAGGACAAGUGGUAGCCGGCAGUCCUCUACAGGGAAUUUUGCCAGCAAGUACCAGUGAGGUAAGCAAGAAUCCAGCUGAAGGCGAAUCGUCGUCCACGCCAGUUCCUCCUAAAGUGGGAGCAGAUGAAGAAACUCCAGUCGAACAGCCGGCAGCUACUACUGAAGAAUAAAGAUCUAUAUUAAGUCCUUAAUUUAUUUGUCUGGAUAGUGAUUUUCUUCGGUUGGAAGAAAGGAGGCAUUAUUAUUAUUUAUUUAAAUUAUUUUAUUUGCGAAUCAUAAAUAAAGUGUUGCGAUGGCAAACUGAACUAAA